UCUUGGCAACAUCUCGCUCAGUGAACAGGCAGCAGACCGACGGUCAAGCAGCGGUUGUUUCUUUAAUGUGUGGGGAACUCUGCUAACGGAGUAGCACAAACACCGAAGCAGCUUUAGAUUACAGUACUGAGCCUCCUCUGCCCACACAGUGACGUCAGACCUCACCUCACCUGCUUUGCCUGCACAGCCAAAGGCAGAAAAGAAAACUGAAAAAAGAAAAUUUCCAGGAGGAAGAAGAGGAGGCUCAGCCCUGAUCCAGAGGUGUCCAUUAUGUGCCAGUGAAGUUUUACCCACCUUGCCAAUUAAAAGCAAUGUUUUUGGGAGCUGGAAAUCGCAACAUCAUUAGCAGAGUGUGCGUGGAGCUGCUCCGCUCCCGCUUCCCCAGCACCCCUCCUGACAUGGGAUGCCAGCCCCCUGCCCCAUUGCCCUGAGCUCUCCUGGGGCACCAUGAACAGCUACAGAGACAGAGGGGUAACUUGCACCUCCUCAGAUCUUCUGGAUGGAAGAGGAGGAGGGGGGUUGCCCCAGCACACCCCAUUACAUCACACCCCUAAUGGGCACCCAGCUCCUGGCUCUGCAGACCCGACAAUGCAGACACGUAUUUCUGUGCCCAAAAUGGGUGUCCGUGCCCGGAUUGCAGAAUGGCCCCCACGUAGGACACAAUCCCGGGAGUCACUGCUUGAAAAUGGGCAAAUUGGAAACAAUCACUACGAUGACUGUUCCACUUCAUUGUCAGUUUUGUCAUCUGAUGUCAGGCUUGUGAGAGGAGGAGUCGCACGGUUGCCCCGAAGGAGAACAAAGGAUGUAGAGUUUAGAGGCGGAGGGUUUGGUGGUGAAGGUGGUUCACCUCUCAGCCUGAGAGUUUUCCCACCUUUGAGACAGCGCUCCAACAGUGAAGUGACACUGAGUGAACAAGAUGAAAAUGAGGUUGAGAGUCAUGGAGGUAGUGGCGUGGGGAAUCGUUUUCGAGAGUACGGCAGCACUUCUUCCAUCGACAUCCAGGGUAUUCCAGAUCAGAGCUUCUUUGACAUGCUCAGCCAAUUUCAACAGGAGAGGCCUGACCAGCGCAGCUCAGCACCUGUACACAUCGGAGAGCUGCUGCGUGCCCCAGACUCGCCACCAAGCGCUGCUCUUCCUUCUGCUCCCUCACCUGGUCCCACGGGUGGGGAUGACAGAGGGACGGGGAAAAAAGAAGGCACUGAGAGAGUAAGGAAGAAAAGCGGCGGGACAGAGUCAUCACUGGGCACCUCCUCUUUGUUCAGGAAACUACGGAGCUCUAGUAGAGGGGAACUGGAUGGAGGAAAAGGAGAGACAAAUGAGGAUAGGGCAGGGAGAGGUUCAACAGAUGCCUCCUAUAAACCGUGGGUGUGUCCUAAGAGCUUUGUCCAUUUUGAUGCUCAGAGCAUCCUGUUCGACCUCCAUGAGGCAGCGGCUCAGCGUAGCUUUAUCACCCUGAGGAGGAACACAGCCACAGGGGCAUCAGCUGCUUCAGUGUCCCUGUCUGUCUCCAGAUCCUCAGCUCCCAGUGUGAAUGACCCCAUUUAUUCCAGCAUUGAGGAUCUCACAGUCAACUUUGAUCAAGGCUCCACAACACCCUCCCUAGCCAUGGACCCUCUAGAUGGGCCAGGAGCCCACAGCUCAAGCCCACUGCUCCUCUGCUGCCCCCACUUCCUAAAUGAAACUGGGGGCCACAGAGAGCGUAACAUUAGCUUCCUCAGCUCCUCAGCAGAACGAGGAGAAGAUGGAGGAGGAGAGGGAGGAAGGGUGGGAUUGAGGAAGAGUAAUGCCAGUGUGUCAGUGCUGGAGGUAUCAGCAGAGCUGCAGGGGACAAGACUGGACAGACUGAAACUGUACAGCAUAGAGCAUGUAGACCUGGGUGCCCGGUACUACCGAGACUACUUUCAUGGAAAAGAGCACUCAAACUACUUUGGGACAGAUGAUAAGCUGGGCCCCGUGGCCGUGAGCAUCCGGAGGGAGAAAGUGGAAGACAAAGACCUGAAAGACCAGUACCAGUAUCGCCUCAUCGUCAGAACAAGUGAGCUUGUGACCCUGCGAGGCUCCAUUUUAGAAGAUGCAGUUGCAUCUACGGGUAAACAUGGUACAGUUCGAGGUCUACCACUCAAAGAGGUCCUGGAACAGGUCGUCCCUGAGCUCAGUGUUUCCUGUUUAAGACUGGCGCUUAGCACAGCCAAAGUCACAGAGCAGCUCCUUAAACUGGAUGAGCAAGGGUUGAGUCAGAAGCACAAGGUGGGAGUUCUGCUGUGCCGAGCAGGCCAGAGCACAGAGGAGGAGAUGUACAACAACGAGGAGGCGUCAGCUGCCUUCUCUGCCUUCCUGGAGCUGCUGGGGGAGCAGGUGCUUCUCAAAGGAUUCACCAAAUACGCAGCACAGCUUGACACAAAGACGGACUCAACAGGCACCCACUCUCUUUAUACCAACUACCAGGGCUAUGAGAUCAUGUUCCACGUGUCCACCAUGUUACCGUACAUGCCCAACAACCCACAGCAGCUCCUGAGAAAGAGGCACAUAGGGAAUGACAUUGUCACCAUAAUCUUUCAAGAGCCAGGAGCUCUGCCUUUCACCCCUCAAAAUAUUCGUUCACACUUCCAGCACGUCUUUGUUAUUGUUCGUGUACACAACCCCUGCUCUGACAACACCUGCUACAGUGUUGCUGUGACACGGAUGAAGGAUGUGCCCCCCUUUGGACCACCCAUCCCCAGCGCAGCCACCUUCCGUGACCCAGAGACCUUUCGUAACUUCCUCCUAGCCAAAGUCAUCAAUGCAGAAAAUGCAGCGCACAAGUCGGAGAAGUUUCACACCAUGGCAACACGAACACGGCAGGAGUACCUGCGAGACCUGGCCGAGAACUACGUCAGCAGCACGCCACUAGACUCAGCUGGCAAACUAAACAAUCUCAUCUCUCUCGCAUCUAAAAAACGUGAACGCUCAAAGGCAAGAGAAGGAGCAGAGCUGGGAGCUGAUGGGGCAGUUGCGUGGAGAGUCCUGGCCCAGGAUUUUAGUGGGGGUGGAACAGAGCUCCCCUGUGCUUUGGGCAUGUCAGACGAAUACAUCCUUCUUAUUGAUUGCUCUACCAAAGAGGUGGUGUUCAACUGCUUCUGUGCGGAUGUGAUCGGCUGGACACCCGAGCGACUGGCGCUGAAGAUCUUCUAUGGUCGAGGAGACCACAUUGCAGUACGAGUACCCGAGGGUUGUGCCCAGGACAUCAGGGAGAUGGUGCAGAGGUUAAAGUCAUUGACAGUGGGAUGUGAAACGGUGGAUAUGACACUAAGACGAAACGGACUGGGACAGUUGGGCUUCCAUGUUCGUCUGGACGGUACUGUUGCUGAGGUGGAGGAGUACGGAUUCGCCUGGCAGGCGGGACUGAGGCAGGGCAGCCGGUUAGUGGAGAUCUGCAAGGUGGCUGCUGUUACACUGUCUCACGAGCAGAUGAUCGACCUGCUAAGGACGUCAGUCACAGUCAAAGUGGUCAUCAUUCCUCCAUACGAAGAGAGCGGACCUCGCAGGGGUUGCACAGAGGAGUAUGAGAUGAAGACCAUGGAGCAGAAGCCGGAGCCUGAGCCUCUGGCAGCAGGAUACCGACCCUCCCCUCGCCAAACAUGGCGAUGGGAAAACUCACCCAUUCCGCCGGGGCUCCACAGUGCCCCCAACCCACAGCGCUGGGCCCCCAUGGGGCCUCCACCCCCUCCACUGCCCCGCUCACAUAAGGCUCUAAUGCCAGUUCCCUAUAGAGAGCCUCAGCACCUCAGCUCCAAAAGGCCGGUAAGCUACCCUGAGAACCACUACAGCAUGUCUCCUGCAGGAGGCGACAGAGUGCUGCCCUACAGAAACACCUCAGCCAGCUUCUCCUCACCCUCCUCAGGCUUGGCCAGCCUCUCCACAAUGGGGCCGCCUGGAAUCACGCCAGGCCCCUUUGUACGCUACAAACCUUCACCCGACAGAUUUGGAACAGUACAGCGCCCCCUGCUGCCGUAUGAACCCCACUUCAGUGUGGACAUAACUUCCAGCGGGGAGUCUUCAUCAGGCUUUACAAGUCAGGAAAGUACAAUGGAGCGCAGCAAAACAGAACCCCUAUGGCAUGUCCCAGCAUCAUCGUCUCGAGGACCAGGUGGUGGAGGGCAGAGGAGGCUAACCAGACAGGAUGUCCCAGGGAAAGAUUCUCCAAACAGACACUCAAAGGGUGAGACUCAGUACUCCAGCCACUCCAGCAGCAACACUCUGUCCAGUAACGCCUCCAGCAGCCACAGCGACGAGAGAUGGUUUGACGGAGGGACUGGAGGGGAGCGAGGAGGUGGAGGUUGUUUCAGUGACCCCGCUGAUCCCGACCCAGACCUGCUCAACAAGGGGGGCUCCAAUGACAGCGGCAUUGACGCCUCCACACACUACAACAGCACUCGGCACGGAAACAUGUUUAAUAACCAGCCCCACAAGCCCCUGCACUGCUCUGCAACCUACAGCGGGAUCCAGGAGCUGUCCCAGGGAGGGAGCAGCGGUGGAGAGGCAAACAGACGAGAAUCUUCACCCAUUAUACCACCUGCAGCAAAUCAGAACAAAGGGUACCGGACCAAGACCUUCCCACCUCCUGGCUCCAGUGCUGAGAAAAUAGAUGCUUUUAAACCCAGGGCGUACACACCACAAGGUUACAAGACUCCGACAGCAGAGAAAGCGCGACCUGUCCGAGCCGCCACGACUACACCAACAUCAGCUCAGAUGAGGUCCACUCCUUUAUCUAGCUCUGCCCCCAAGGCCUUUUAUGGCAAGAGCAGACAAACUGUCAGGCAGACAGAAGAUACAAGCCCAUCACCUUCAAACGCAACCACAGCAUCCAGCUCUGACAGCAGCAACAGCAAGAAGCAAGUGGACAUGAAUUCAAAGAAUGUGUUUGGACAGCCUCGGCUCCGAGCAUCACUGAGGGACCUGCGCUCUCCACGCCGAACGUACAAGAGCACCAUCGAGGACGACUUGAAGAAACUGAUCAUCAUGGACAACCCUGGAGAGAUGACACAAAGAGAUCCGUCUCCCAGACGCACCUUGCAACGCACCUUUUCAGAUGAGUCACUGUGCAGCGGGCGAAGAGACGCCAGCUUUGCUUGCUCUGAGAACCAGGCGAAUCCCACUGAUGUGUUGUUCACUUGCACACUGCCCACACGCAGACACGCCGUCUCCUCCAACCACAUGCAGGGCAAAAAGAUGCCUCUAUCAGCAUCAGAGUUAUCCCUUACAGAAGUCAGAGACAAAGUUCCCCCUUUGAGGAGGCUUGAUCCUGGGCUGAUGCCCCUCCCUGACACUGCCUGUGGACUGGAGUGGUCCAGCCUGGUCAAUGCUGCUAAAGCCUAUGAAGCACAAAGAGCGGUUUCCCUCUUCUCACUGAUUGAGCCACAGCUUGGAAGUCCAGACAUGAGACCAGUCAUCAGCCCAGUCCAGUUUAACACCCCUCAGACACCAAGGACCACACCGACCUUCAGCGGUGAUGAGGUGCCCAAUGAUUUGUCAGGUCGUCUGCACCACCUGGAAGUCAUGUUAAAACAACUGAACAAUGAUCUGGAGAGGGAGAAGCAGGAUAAAGUUGUUCUGCUCGCAGAGAUGGCCAACCUGAGGGAGAACAACCAGCGCUUGCAAGAGGAGAGCCACACAGCCAGCGAGCAGCUUCGCAAGUUCAGCAUGCUUUUUAACAACUUCAGCAAGACAGAAAAUGACCACGAGGCUCAUUCCCUAACAGACAAGAGCAGCUCUCAGAGGGAGUGAUGGACAGCUGCAGAAGAAGAAGACUUGAGAAUCAGACCAAAACAAUGCCCUGUGUCAGUAACCAGAUAUCCUUGCAUUCAUGGUGGGGGCAGAGGACACAUUGGUGUCACCUUCCUCAGCUUUCACUGAACUGCCUUAAUCCAGAGACAGUGAGACAAAGACCAUCUGGAUUUUUUAAAAUGCAACACUCCCAGAGAGUCUGAGUAGAGACCCUCCCUCUCUGAGCUCUGAGCCUGUUUAUUUUUCUAAAACGAAAACAUCUCAUGUACUUGUCAUACAUAUAUAAGUAUGCUACUAUGCCAGAGGAGCGAACAUGAAAGGAGAUCCUGACUGUUUAGAGAACACUACAUCACCUGGAGAGGCCUAAUACUGUUCCUGCAGCAAAUCAGCCAAAAAGAAAACCCACUACCAACUUCAUCUCCCAGAAUGCACUAGAAAUAAAAGGAAGCUCUAUAGACAUGAUGCUGUAGAUAGAAAACUGUGUGGUACAAUUCUCCUGUAUCAUUGAACCAAUAUCAUUGUACUUAAGAUUUGUGUGCGUGCGUGAUGGUACAAACUCAAGAGUAUGACAGGACAAAGAUGUUUGUGCUCAAGACAAGAUGCAUUUAAUUCCUUUGGUGUGUUACUGUGAGAGUUUGAAUGAGAUGUAUGAAAAGAAAAAGUGAUGAACAAACUUGUUAACUGUAAUAUGAGACUUUUAGGCCACAUUAUUCCUCUCUCCUCCGUUUACAUGAAUCGACUGGGCUACAAGCCAUCAGUGUGUUGCUCAGAAAAAAACAUGGUUGAUGUCACAAAACUCAGUGAUACAAUAGCAUCAUAUCUUUUUUUUUCUUUUUCUUCCUUUAUUUUAAUUUCAUCCUGUUGUCAGCAGUGCCCAAACAUCUCAUUUCUAAAUCUACUGAAUCAUUAUUUUCAUUUUAAUUAAUAUAAAAUGUGUUUUACAAUGUAGUGGUGACAUUUAGAGACUUAUGGGGUUUUUUUUUAAGGAGUGUUGAAUAAGACACCUGACAUACGCUGAAUUAUGUUGCAUUCACAAAAGAAGAAAACUAAACAGAAAAAUGCCGCAAGUUAAAACCACUAAACUCAUAAUUAUGUAUUCAGUUGGUUACAAAACACCUCUAGAGAGGAAAUAAAAUUAAACUUAGUUGUUCAGAAUCAAUAAUGUUAAUUUGGAUGUCAAAUACUUCAAAAAAAGAACUUUGGAAAAUAUUUCAUUAAACUUAAUCAACAAACAGGAAGUGUCAUGUUGCCAUGGAUACAGUGGCGGCAACAUUAACCCCUUUUCUAGCUCGUAUUUACAUUUUGAAAUAUGAAGUGAUUUCAUUGGUAAUUAACACUUUCUUUAUCCUCUAUAUUGUUGAGUGUCUUGACAGAUUGUAUUGAAUUAAUACUAAAGAAAUAUUUAAAUUCUUACAGGUUCUCAGACCAGUUAUCUGAAUCUAUGCGAGCUGGUUUAGUUACACAACAUAAUGUCUUGUAAUAUAUUUUCCUUUGUGAAAGCGAUGUGCUUUUCUUAGAUAUCACUUUAACACCACUGUAACGUAUUUUUAGCACAAUGCAGUGCUAGCAUAAUGACAAAAAACAGCUAGUUAGUUGUUUAGCUAAAGAAACAAACUGACCGCGUACAUGUUUUAACACGCUACAUCUCAUUAGUUUAACAUUUAAUAUCUCAUUAGUUGCCGGUGGCUGCACGGUGGUGUGGUGGUUAGCACCUCGUCCUCACAGCAACAAGGUCGCUGGUUUGGAGCCUGGGGAGGGUUUCUAAUGGUGGCCUUUCUGCGUGUAUGUGUACCUGCCUUUCACCUGCUAAUUGCUUACGACACCAAGCGGUAUACAAAAUAAAUUAAUUACAUUUAAAAGAGAUAACUUUUGGUCAGUACAAAAAUGCUGGAAUCUGCAAGUUUUCUAGAAACUGGUGUUGGUGUUGCACUAAAUUUUGUGACCCACUAGAUUCUGUUACCAGAUCCUGUGGUCAAUAACAUUGACAUCAUCUUCAGACAGAAGAACAAAGUCUAGACGUUUUAAUGUAAAUCUUGUAACUGCUGAAACAGAUUUCAUGCUAAGCUGAAACUCUGCUGCCCAUUUCUCCCAGCAGAUGUACAAACUUCUCAUCCAGCUCUCACCAUGAAGGUAACAAGUGUAAUUCUUCAAAAUGUCAAACUAUUCCUCACCAUUGAAAGGAAAGCCAUCACCACUUCUGUGUGCUAACAGGGAACUUUUACUGCACAUGAAAUUCAUUCAACACUGAAGCUCUUUCGGUCUGUGUGUGUGUGUGUAUUUUUCCUUUAUAUUCUGUAAUGAACCUAAAUGAACACAAACACUAUUUAUACAGCAUUUCCUUAACAAUAUUGUCUACUAUAGCUAUUUUUCCUACAGAAACGUGUGACUGUGUUUUGGAUGCUGGAACUUGGAUGAUACAUCCCUACCGAGGAUAAAUCUGAGAUAUCUGGUUUUUAAAACAGUGAUCAUCUCUUGCUGUAUUGCAUACAGCUACCUAACAUCAGGAAGUUUAUCCUUUCAUCUGACUGGAUCUGUUUGAAUUUUCCAAACCACUCAGGUUCCUCAGGAUGCAGUUAAUGAGUAGGGAAAGAUGGUAUCAUGCAAUUUGUGAUUGAGAUUUUGUGCUGCUGCUUAAACAGUUUUUGGUAUCCCUUUAAUAUUUCUGCUUUGUAACACUGAUGAAGAUGUUUGAAUUGACCAAUAUGGAAAGUACCUUAGUUUGAAAGUGUCUCUUUUGCUAUUUUGGCCAAAAACAAACUUUUAAAAGUGAUACUGUUAAGAGUUUAGAAAUUAGUUUUCCAGGUUAACUACAAGCAAAUGCUGUGAUGAGUUGGUUUCUUUUUAUCUGUACUGCCCAUUUCUACUUUAUAUCGCACAAGACUAGAAGUGUUGCGUCUUAAAACUGGAUAGAAAUAUCUUUCAGCCUCUACUUGAGAUGUUAUACCUUUUGGCUUGAGCCGGUUUGAGCUGCAGCUCCAGUUCCUUCAGGUUUGCAGUGAUGAACACUCCUGUUUUUCCUCCUGUGGGAUCUUUCAUCCACAGACUUAUCUGUGAUUUUUUUUUUUUUUUUUUUUACAAGUCUUAAUUUCUAGUUGGCUGUGUAAAGGGAUGAGGUUUCUUUAUGUAUCUAGAUAUCAUGUUCAAAUUAUGUUAAUUUUUAAGCUAUUUAAUGCAUACACAAACCCUCUGAACAAAACAAUAAUGCAUUAUAAUGAACAUUGUAUGACUAGUUUUUUUUUUUUUUUUUUUAGAUGUUUAAUAUUUUUAUAAUUUAUUUUUUAAACAUGUUGGCCACUGUUGCAGACAGUAGUGAUCAUAAGAGGGUACUGUGUGUGUGUGUGUGUGUGUGUGCUGUUUUACCUCUGAUUUGAGUACAAAACUGAUUUUUAUGAUUCCUUAUUUUCUUUUCUCUGGUUUCAACUCUCUUCUCUGUGUGUUGGUGCUUUCUGCAUGUGGCAGAGGUACAUGAAGCAAAGGCUAAAUGUUUGUUUUCCUUGGGUUGUAAUAACUUGUACAUUUAAAAGUGUAAAUUAUGUUUUCAUUAUUUUAUAAAAAAAAUUAUUAAAAUAACUAUCAGAG